AUGUCUCAAAACCAGAACGAUUCCUCCGCAAGGAGGCGAUCAACGGGUGUGCCUAAUCAAACAGACGGAUCCAAAACUCCGGUGACAACCCCUCCACCAGGAUUCGUACCUGAUACGGAAGGAAUUAAACAUUUUUCACAAAUUACGCAUGCUGCUCCAUUAUGGCAAAAAGAUUCUAGCAUGGAUCUUCGCGUUUACAUCUCGGAAGAUGAGGAAUUCAUGAAUUUCAAUGAUCCAAAGUUUCUCGUUUGGCAUGUUAAUAAUAUUCACCUGGGUGACUGGGAUAACGAGAAAGAGACAGCAUUAGAGUUGCAGACAUCAGCGAAUGUUAGACAAAAUGGCACCUUGUAUGCUCAUAUUUACCUUACUCUUAAUCGAGCAUCACCCAAUCCGUUAGAUCCGGGAUUUCAACCUGACAUGAGAGUGUAUCAACGGAAAUUGUUAACAAGAUAUUUUCCCAAGCGUAAAGAGAUUAAAACACGAAGGCUUUUAAGUGGUGGUGAAUCGGAAGAAACGGAAGAGACGGAAGAGGACGACACGGAGGGUACUCCAAUAAUUUCCCAUUGGCAUCAAAAUUUGACUAUCAAUGUUGUAACCGAUUCAACGGUCAUUCCUUACGCAUCUAUACCUCCCCACAUCUCAUCAUUGAUACCGAUGGAGAGUACCGGGAUGACUGAUCAGUCUGGGAGAACAGGGUAUUAUCUGCCUGUUGUAUUGGCUAACGACUUUUGGUUACUGAGGGAACAUAUGAUGCCAAUUAACGAGACCGUAGAAACGCUUCCAUUAAACAUCAAAUAUUAUCCAAUCAGUUUUUUCAAAUUUCAACUUUACGUUCAAAUGGAAGAAUCAUUCCGUAUACAAGCUGGGUUCCUUGGCGGUGAUGCACAUGCUGAAUUUGAUGAAAUCAAGAGAAUGUUUUCGGAAACAAGUCCAAUAUUAUUGGGGGUUACUAUGAUUGUGUCUAUACUACACAGUUUGUUUGAGUUUUUGGCAUUCAAGAAUGAUAUCGCUCAUUGGAAAGAUAUAAAGGAAAUGACUGGUGUGUCAGUGCGCACUAUAUUUCUCAACAUAUUUUUCCAAUUAGUUAUCUUUCUGUACCUUAUGGACAACAAUCGAGAUACAAGUUGGAUGAUUUUAAUUGGACAGGGUAUAGGAUUAGCCAUUGAAGUGUGGAAAGUCAAGAAAGCUGUAGACGUUGAGAUUAAACCAGCACCUGACAAGUGGUAUCGUUACUCGAUACGACUCGUUGAUAAGCACAAGUUGUCUGAGAGUGAAAAAAAGACAAAAGAAUAUGAUCGACUUGCCUUUAAAUAUUUAUCAUGGGCGGCAUAUCCCCUACUGGUCGGGUAUGCUAUCUACAGUCUGUUAUACAACACUCACAAGAGUUGGUAUUCGUUCAUAUUGACAACUCUUGUCGGAUUCGUGUAUGCAUUCGGGUUUAUAAUGAUGACACCUCAAUUAUUUAUUAAUUACAAACUGAAGAGUGUGGCUCACAUGCCGUGGAAAACUCUCAUGUACAAAACAUUGGGCACAUUCGUUGAUGAUUUAUUUGCCUUUUGUAUUAAAAUGCCAACGUUACAUAGAUUAGCAUGUUUGAGAGACGAUGUAGUCUUUUUCGUAUACAUAUAUCAAAGAUGGACAUACCCAGUGGAUGAAACUAGAGCUAAUGAGUAUGGACAAGUGGGUGAAGAGUCUUCUGGUAACAAUAAAAUUACACCAGAAAAGAAGACUCAAUAA